AUGAGCAACGUUCGGUUCCUUUUGAACUGGAAAGACGUCUACGUCUUGACAUCGUCCGCUAAAUGGAUGGAGAUCACAAGAAACACCUUCGGGAAGAGUGAGCAGGACGAGGAAUUGACGCGAAUCACCCUCAACAACCUUGGUCUUGCCUCACACCACUACCACUAUGUCACACACCCUGACAACCCUAGUCCGGACUUGAAUGUCAUUGAGUUGCGCCUCAAUGUUGAAGGCCUAUGGCGUUAUGGCCUGGUGAUACGAAAGGGGCAAAGUAGGACCUGGUUGGAUACCCCGAUUACAGCCUGUGCCAGGCGCAACUGCAACAACUGGAGUAUCCCAGACACUUGGGUAUAUGGGAUGCGUGAGCCGAAGCCAAGAGGUCCCGCCUCAGGUUCUGAUCACGAAGUUUUGGAGCCUACCUCGCAUCAAGAUAUCCCUACGCCAGUGAUGGAAUAUGUCACUCAGGUCUCAACGAAGCUACCACAUGUUAACCCCGCAGACAUGAGUAUUGAUGACACCUGA